UAUUUGCAAGUUUGACAGUUUUUGAUGACAAUUUAAUUUGACAUUUCUAAUUUCAUAGUCAUCGUCGGCUUCGUUUGUUGCAAAUAAAACUCAAUUAUUUGUGAAUUUUACAGUAAAUAGUUACUUUCAACAUGUUCAGGAACCAGUAUGACAGUGACGUCACAGUCUGGAGCCCCCAGGGUCGUCUCCACCAAGUGGAAUAUGCUAUGGAAGCUGUCAAACUGGGUUCAGCAACUGUAGGCUUGAAGAACAGACAGUUUGCCGUUCUGAUAGCUUUGAAAAGGGCUGUGAGUGAACUGUCGGCGUAUCAGAAGAAAAUUAUCCCUAUUGAUGAACAUAUUGGUAUCUCUAUCUCUGGAUUGACUGCUGAUGCUAGAAUGUUGAGCCGUUUCAUGCGCACCGAGUGCCUUAAUCACCAGUACGCUCACGACGCACCGAUGCCGGUCGGCAGACUGAUUGGUCUAGUUGGCAAUAAGAUGCAGAUCUGUACGCAGAGAUACGAUAAGAGACCGCUUGGCGUUGGACUGUUGGUCGCUGGUUAUGAUGACCAAGGACCCCACAUCUACCAAACGUGUCCCUCAGCGAACUUCUUCGACUGUCGUGCUAUGGCCAUCGGUGCUCGGUCCCAAUCAGCUCGGACGUACCUUGAGAAGCACCUGUCUAGCUUCAUGGACUGUGACCUUCAGGAGUUGGUGGCACAUGGCUUACGUGCUUUGAGAGAUACUCUGCCUAAUGAAGUGGAUCUUAACACUAAGAACGUGUCAAUAGCAAUCGUUGGGCCGAAGACGCCUCUCCGUAUAGCUGAUGAGGAGGAACUGGCUCGGUUCCUGACCCUCGUGGAAGGUGAGGAGAGGAGGGGUGGCGGUGCCAGCGCGACGGGCGAUGCCGGAGCACCCGCUGACCGCGACCGCGACGCGCCGGGGGACGAGCCACAGGCCGCGGUGGCAAUGGACACGGAGUAAACGAGGAACGUCUCAAAGGUGAAGACGGCACUGAUGUGACCAUGGCCGACGAGAUCAACUGUCACCGUUACCAUGGCAACCCAGCUGUCGCCAUCUUUAAACGAGCUGUCAUUCAGCAUCUCCCUUCUUUUACGUCACUUAAAGAUUUGCCUUGGCCAGUGUUAAGUCUGAUUUUAGCGUAGGAUCUUGUGGAAACCCAUUCAUGCAUCAUCAGCCUUUUUUUGUCCUGGACACAGGCCUCUUCUCUGAGAAAGAAUGAGUAUUCAUCGCCACUAUUGCUUGGUUACUGAGGGGUUUCUGCCACCAGAGGGCGCUGUGUAGACGUCAAAAUUAUUGAUUUAUUUGUUGUUGUAAAUUGAAUUACAACGAGCCACUGUUGCCAUCGCGAUUGAUCUCCCGUAGGGAAAUUAUGCCCCCUUGUUUUCUCCACUCUAUGGCAUUUUUAUUACACACUCCACAACUAUGGCAUUUUAGGAAGCAGUAUGUCUAAAUUAUGUAAUUAAAAAGUAAAUAAAACCAAAAAAAUAUGCAGAGAACUACGAUUCGAGUAUGUAUUUUGACAGUUCGUUGGACCUGUCGCAAUAGUGCUGCCAUCUCUCGUUCACCGUUCCAGAAAACCCUCAUUACAAUGUUUCUUAGUUAAGAAGCCAUGAAAAACUAAACGUGGUGUAAAUUGAAAUCCUACUGAAGUAUUUUACCUUAGCACUGGCCAAGGCAAAAUUAACGGAAACGGUCGCAUUUUAUUAUUUUUUUCUAUAUAUUCAAUAAAUCUUUUGCUUUAA